UCGUCGUCGUCUCUCCGUCGUCGUCUCCCCGUCCUUGUCGUCGUCGUCUCUCCGUCGUCGUCGUCGUCGUCGUCUCUCCGUCGUCGUCUUCGCCUCUCCGUUGAUCCGUCGUCGUCGUCUCUCCGUUUAUUUAUCGUCGUCGUCGUUUCUCAAUUGAUCUGUCGUUUCUACGUCUAUUCAUCUCAUUCUCUCUCUCGUGUGUCUGAUUUGAUUAAGGUUUGAAUCAUUUCAUUUUGUUAUACAUUAUCUAGGUUUUGUUAUAUAUUAUUCAUUUGUUGAUGAUUUGAAGUUGAUUUUGUAGAACAAUGGAAGUUUUGUGCAUCUGUGGACAAUGGAUCUCAAAAGAAUCUCUCCAGUGGGAGUUUCUUGUUGAUUUGAAGAGGAAUGCAUCAAUCAUUUCCAUAGAAGAAGAUCUACUGUAUGAAGAUUUGAUGAAGAUUGUCUCUGAAGAUUUUAGUGUUAAAGAGGAAGAAAUCAGUUUGAGUUAUGGUUUUUCAUUGGAUAUGAAAUGUAUUAUUGAAAGUUUCCCCCCACUCUCGAUAGGUAAUACUCGUCAGCUCAGAACUUUCAUUUCCAAGACUAGAGCAUUUGAUGGAACCUGUCGUUUGUGUGUUAAGGUUAGUACUGAUCCAGUUAGCUGUAACACUCAAGCUUCUGAUACAUUUGCUUCUACUGUUCCAUUGAAUGCCAAUCCAGCGAUUCUUUCUACUGUGCAGAGUGAAAAACAGGUACAUUGUCCUUAAUUCCCUUUUUCUGUUUGUGUUUGCAUGAUAUGCUUCAUAAUCAAGUACUAUGCCUUACAAAACUACUUGACUUUUGCAGAGUCUUCUAUAUGAAGGUGUUUCUACAGUUCCUCUGAAUGCUCUUCCGGAUUUUAGUACUGAUUCAGCUAGCUGUAACAUUCAAGCUUCUGAUACAUUUGCUUCUACUGUUCCAUUGAAUGCCAAUCCAGUGAUUCUUCCUACUGUGCAGAGUGAAAAACAGGUACAUUGUCCCUAAUUCCCUUUUUCUGUUUGUGUUUGCAUGAUAUGCUUCAUAAUCAAGUAUUAUGCCUUACAGAACUACUUGACUUUUGCAGAGUUUUCUAUAUGAAGGUGUUUCUACAGUUCCUCUGAAUGCUCUUCCGGAUUUUAGCCCUGUCCAUAUUGGACUUUCACCAAACACGAGAGUAGCUGGCGAUAUUAAGGUGAAUAGCUAUUUUAAGACAAAGAGAGAGUUGAUGUUGAGGAUGAAGAAAUGGGCUUUAGAGUGGAAGUUUGAGUACAAGACUGUCUCUUCUAACAAGUCAAGAGUGCUUUUGAGUUGUGUUGAUGAAAAUUGCACGUGGAGGAUGCGUGCUAUCAAGCUACCUGUUUCAGAUUUUUUCGUUGUUAAAAAGUAUGUUCAUGAGCAUACAUGCGAUACAACACACAGGAAAGCCAACCACAGACAAGCAUCUGCAAAGUUGUUGGGUUCUUUGAUUUCCAGCAAUUAUGGAGAAAAAAAGGAAGGUCUCAAACCGAAACAGAUCAUUGAACAGGUCAGGAUGCUGCAUGGUGUUCACAUCAAUUACAAACAAGCUUGGAGAGUGAGAGAAGAAGCUCAGAUUUUGGUUAGAGGGACUCCUGAAGACAGCUAUUACAAUUUGUCUAGGUGGUUGUAUAAAAUCACAGAAACAAACCCUGGUUCCUUGACUUAUCAACAUGUUGAUGCUGCAGGAAAGUUCAAGUAUGCAUUUGUGGCUUUUGGUCCAUCGAUAAGGGGAUUUUCAUUGAUGAGGAGAGUUAUUGCAGUAGAUGGUACAUUUCUGAAGGGAAAAUUCAAUGGGACUUUAUUGGCAGCUUGUGCUCAAGAUGGGAAUUAUCAUCUAUAUCCUCUCGCCUUUGCAGUGGUUGACGCAGAAAACGGCGCCUCUUGGAAAUGGUUCUUUAGAGGUUUGAGCCAGAAGAUCCCGGACGCUUCGGAUCUUGUUUUUGUAUCAGACAGGGCUAACUCCAUUUCUUCAGCGUUGGAGGAUGUAUAUCCCUUAUCUCACCAUGGAAUUUGCAGGAUCCAUCUGCUCCGCAACAUCACUCCUACAUAUGCGAAGACUGGGUUGCUACCUCUGGUGGAAAGCGCUGCUGAUGCCUAUACGUGUCACGAGUUCUGGUUAAUCUUCAAGGACAUAAAGGAUAAAUGUCCUGAAUUGGCUAAGUAUCUGGAAGAGUCUGAUUUUAGGAAGUGGGCACGAAGCUAUGCGCCUGCGAACAGGUAUAAUAUCAUGACUACCAACAUUGCAGAGUCUCUCAAUUCUAUGUUGAAGAUGCCUCGUGAGUUGCCCAUUAUCUCUCUCCUUGAAACUAUCAGAUUGACGAUGACCACUUGGUUUUUUGAGCGACGCGAAGCGGCUGCGAAACAUAAGCACCUGGUUACUCCAAAAGUUGUUCAGAAAUUGGUAUCUAGGUUAGGGGCCGCAAUGUUGUUGAAUGUGUAUCAAGUUGAUCGAAGCGAGUUUGAGGUGAAGAAUGAAACAAUGAAGUUUGUUGUUGACUUGGAGAAGCGGCAUUGCACAUGUAAUGUUUUCGACAUUGACAAGAUCCCCUGCAUCCAUGCCAUCGCUGCUGCUAAGCAUAUCAAGAGAGAUGAAAACCGUUUUGUUGAUGCUUCUCACUUGACAGAAACGUGGGCUAAAGCUUAUGCUGAAAGCAUACAUCCUGGUGGAGAGUUGUCAACGUCCACCUAUCCAGAGAAUAUUGAUGAACUGUCUUGCCCACCUCCAGCUACCAAAAAGAAAAGUGGACGCCCUCCUACAAAGAGAAAGAGAUCCGUUGGCGAGUUUGGGGUUCCUGGAUCUAAAUCUCAGUCCCACAAGUGCAGCAGAUGUGGCACAGGAGGGCACAACAAGAUCACAUGCCAGAGGCCUAUAGGAUGAAGUUCUACAUUUUUACAUUUUUAUCGAUUAUUAUUUGGAUGUUUGGCUAUUUUGAUGGUUACAUGAUAUGCACAAGACCAUAUACAUUUUUUCUUUUGGAACCCUAUCCUGAAUAAGUAUGAUUUCUUACAACUUUUGUAAUAUACAACAUUAUCUUUUGAUCUCAUUUCAAUUUUUAGUUUAAA